UUUGGCCGCUACUGGCCCCCAGCUGAGGCCUCGAGGAAGGCCUGUUUGUCUCUGGGUUUGCCGAGACCACCUCUGCGCUUGGUAAAAACCAUGAACAAUCACAGGUGACAGGUGAUGAGUGAACCAGGUCGCAUGCAGUGCAAAUCUGCGGACUUCUUCCUCCACCCCCCUGAAACCCAUGAACAUUGGUUCCCUGAUUGUGUCUGGUGCCAUUCGUCUGAUCAUCCCCAAAGCAGCAGAAUUUGAAUUCAGCUCAAGCAGGAAGUGUUUAUAGAUGUUUUUGUCCCACAUCAUUGAAGCAUUCUCUGGAAUUCCUCGUGGAAUGAUUUUUUUCCUGCUGCUCAGUUUUUUCAUGGGAAGCUUUGCACAUUUGUGACUUUCUACAGUUCUCAUGUUUCUAUGGUGAGAUGCCAGCAUGCACUAAUGGAAAUGUAGGAUGUGAGCAUCUUCGAAUCACCUACUUCCGUAGUCUGAGGUUCAAACACUGCCCGCUAUUCUAUUUCUGGAAGAGGCACAGCAAAGACUGAAGCAGAAAGCUUGACCACUUGCCCCUCCCCCCCAACACUGAACUGUCAGUCUUCACAUUCUUCAAAAAUUCCUUGUUAAAAACAUCACGUCACAGUACAAUCUAUUUAUUUUUCAGUGGAUGCCAACCUUACCUAACUGAAACGUUAUUGACAUGUUUCCAGGUGACAAAAUUUUGAGCUUCUUUCUCAUAGCUCAGAUUUCUAUUGGUGUCAUGGCCAAUUCAUUUCUCUUUAUGAACUAUAUUUAUGCCUUCCUAAUCCAGCCUCAGCUGAAGAAGCCCAUAGAUUCCAUUUUCAUGCACCUGACAAUGGCCAAUAUUAUAACCAUCGUGUUCCAGUCAAUACCAGAGAUCAUGUCAUCCUUUGGAGUCAAACGUUUCUUAGAUAAUGCUGGCUGUCAAACUGUUUUUUACAUCUACAGAGUUGCCCGGGGUCUUUCCAUCUGUACCACGUCUCUCCUGAGUGCUUUUCAAGCCAUCACUAUCAGUCCCAGUCAUUCUAAAUGGGCAAGGCUGAAAUCUAAGUUGUCUACCUGGAUUUUCCCCUCUUUCCUAAUCUUCUGGAUCAUCAAUCUGCUGAUCUACAUCCACAUCAUUGAAACUGUAAGAGCCAAAUGGAAUUUCACUUUCAUUGGUCAUGGGUUUGUUCAUGCGUAUUGUCAAACUAGGCAAUCUGGAGAUCGCCAUUCAGGGUCAUUUAUAAGUGUCAUCUUGACCCGUGAUGUCCUGUUCCUGGCACCGAUGAUCGUGUCCAGCCUCUACAUGGUGGGGCUCCUCUACAGACACCACAGGAGAGCCCGGCACAUCCACAGCUGUGUCCUUUCCAGGCAGAUGUCUCCAGAAAACAGAGCCACCCACAUUAUCCUUUUGCUGGCAUUUUGUUUUGUGUUCUUUUACUGUUGCAACAACUUUAUGGACAUUUAUGCAUAUUACAGACCUGAGAAAGACUCAAGAUUGGUGGGCAUUACUGGAAUUUUAUCAUCAUGCUACCCAACAUUCUGCCCAUUUUUGCUGAUGAAAAAUACCAAAAAUAUUCCCAAAUUGACUUCUUGCCUUUAAUGAUGAGAAUGCCUUUUUCUCCAAGAGCUUUCCUUGGUUGAUGUGACAUCAUUUACCACAGAGAUUUUAUGAGGAAACAAAGGCAGGUGACCAUCGAACUAAUCUCACUUGAAGUAUUCAGCUCAUUUAAAAAACACAUUUCAAAAUGUUAAAUUGAAUAUAUAAAUUUUCAAACUGUGUACAUGUUUAAGUUAUGCUGUGGGUGUAAUUAAUGUAUUGUCUAUUAUUAAAACUAGUUGCU